AUGGGAGACCAGAGACAGGAAAAGCUUAACUGGCAACUAAGGAUGGAUGAGAUGGAGGAGAAGGUGGACCGGUUGAAGUGGGAGCUAGGAAUGGCAAAAUCCCAAAAGGAGAGAGCAGAAGCGCAAGUCGCUGCAUUAGAGCUUCAGAUGCAGUCUGGCAAGAAAGAGGGAGGAUCAAAAGAGAUUAGGCGCCUAGUGGCGAUAGAAACAGAAAAAAGACGGGCAAUUGAACAGCUCAUUGCCCAGGAGUCUCAGAGGGACAGAGCGAGAGAAGAGAAACUGAAUAAGCUGAAGGAGGAAAUGAUAGCAGAGGAGGAAAGGUCUCAGCAAGCUGACACCAGGCAGGCAGAGGAACAAAAGAAGCUGCUAAAGGAAUUGGAAGUAGCCAGAGGCCUAAUAGGAGUCCUUCAGAAGGAAGCACAUAGCCAGGAGGACCAGAUAGGAGAGUUGCAAGAGGAGCUGGAAAGUUGGCAACAAAGAAGUAUGUGUGCAGAAGAUCUUACACAGGAGUUACGGGACCAGCUGUCUAAAAGCCAUACCCAGGCCAGAGAGACAGACAAAAUUUUCAUGCACCAGGUGGAACAAAUGAAAAAUUUUGGUGCAAGUUAUGAAAUGUUGGGAAAACAAAUGCAGUCUCCGGAAGAGGAACUAAAAAUUAAAGAGAGAGAAAAUGAGCAGCUACAGACCCAGUUAAAGAGCAUGGAAGGGGAAAAAGAAAAACUGGAACAACAGAUACAGUCUCUAAAAGCCCAUAUAGAAGAUAGCCUAACAAAGGAAAAGGGGAUAAGGGAAGAGAAGGAGCAGCUACAGAGGGAAGUGCAAAAGAUGAGGCAAGAAAUCCAGAGCCGGGAGAUGGAGCGAAAAGUGUUGCAAGAAGCCAACGAGCAGAUGGCUAUAAAGAUCCAGAACCUGGGGGAGGUUGAGAGGCCAGACGAAAGACAGGAAUCUCAAACCAGAGAGUUCACAGACACAGUGCGGGAAAGGUUGGAGGCACUAGGAACUCAAUUAGCAGAGUACGUGAUGAUGGCCAAGUGGGAACACCAGGAACAAUACCAAGAGGUGGAAGUAGUAAAAGGGCCCCUGAAGGAAGUAGAGGCUCAGCUAGAAACUGCCUGGUAUAAGAACCCAAAGCAUAUGGAGCUAGAGAAGUUCCCCAGAGUCACAGGCCCAGAAGAACCUAGGGAAGAGGCUGAGCCAGGACUGUCUGAAGGAAGUACCAGGGAAGAGGGAGCUGUAGAGAAGGAGCCCAUGACCCUACAAAAGGAGGCCCUGCCGGCUCUGAUAGAAUGUUGGAACCAGAGAUGGGAACAAUGGCAGAAUGAACAUGCAAAGGAGAUGAGCCAGCUAAAACAUCAGCUGAAGGAACUGUUACAACUGCAAGACAAGAGAACCAGCAUAAAUCUCAGUAAGCGGCAGCCAAGGGAAGCAGGCCUGCUAGAGGCUGGGACAACAGGGAAAGGUAAACAGAGGACCCCAAGGAGGGAAGCUUCCUGCUUUGUCUGCCAAGAAUGUACACAGGCAGCCCAAGACCUGGGGCCAUGCGGGUCAAAGAGGGACCCCGGGAAAAGGAAACCAGUGAAACCUGAUAAAGAAAGUGGGGAAAAAGGCCAACAGGCAAGGAAGAGAGAACUACCACCAAAAGGGGGAUCAGAACCUAAGAAGAGACCUCAGAUUUAUGUAAAUGGGCUCCCUAAACAGGUCAGAUGGUAG